UGCCGCUACCGUGUCCGCGUAUACCUGCAGUAUACAAGUCGUCGAACUUUCCACCGCUCGCCCGCCCCGCUCACGUUGAGCAGGCACGUUGACCUGUUGAGUGCCCUUUUGCAUUUUCCUCAUAUUAACAGGAUGGCGUAUCGAUCUUCUGCAGCUGCUCUGGCCUUUUUUGCCGUUCUCUUGUGCGGUCUGCCCAGCUGGUGCGUUGCAAGUGAAGGAACAGCGGCAGCAGAUUUGUUCGUACCAGCUGUGAGCUCUACGAACAACAACGCCCAAGCAGCAGCCAUGGUCUCCACAGGUGUACCAGCCAAAACGAAUCAGCAGGAAGCAGCACACCCCGUAAUUUUUAGGAGUUCGAAAAGGUACGGCUGA